GAAUUUAAUGACAUGAAGAAAUUUAUCUCCGAACGUGUGAAUGCGACGAAAUUGGAGGAGCGAAUCCAUGCUAUCUGGUAAAUGACCCCUCCUCCCUUUCGCCAUUUGUUGAUUGCUGUCAUACAGGUACUGUAUUCCGAUGGACGACCAUUGUCGAACAUUCCAGCGGGCAGAGGAGAAGUUCUUCUCUGAGUGCAAUACUGGGAACGUUCCUGUAAUCGCGGUAUUCACCAAGUUUGAAGCCUUGCGUCCAGUGGCGUUCGGAGAACUCAAGAGGCAACUAAUCGGGUUCAAUAAGUUGCCGAGAGCGGAGCGCUCGGAAAGAAUUGCCCAGCGUGUUGAAGAGUUGUUCACAAAUACAUGUGUCUUGGAUCGGUUGUAUGACACCAGAAACCGUGCCCGUCCUAAGUGCUAUGUAUGCUUGGAGAGUAUGAACCGAGCAGAUACAAACUGUGCCAUGCUACUAGAAUGCACUACUUUUGCACUGGAUGAUGAAGAAUUGCAGUUGUGCUUGGUGUCAACGCAACAGUCAAAUCUGGAGCUGUGUAUCAAGUGUGCUGUUGAAACACUCAUUGAUCGUGCUCAUCAGCAAUCCCACCUGCAUCCAAUUGAUCAUGAACGUUACCAGAUUGAGAUUGCUAAGUGGUUUUCAUAUCUCAGACUGGUAAGAUUGUGGUUUACAAAGCCCAAUUGACAAUACUGAUGGUAUGCCCCUGUGGGCCUGUU